AUGGCCCCAAUUAAAACAGUUUCAACAGAGAACAAUAGUGACAAUAAAGGAACAAAUAAAAAAGACAACAAUAAAGAUAGUAAUAAUAGUAUAAAUAUUAAUAAUAAUAGUACUAAUAAUAGUAUUAAUAAUAAUAGUAUUAAUAAUAACAGUAAUAAUAAUAAUGAUAAAGAAUUAUUAACAGAUAUUAAUAAUUUAAAAAUCUCAUUAUUACCACCACCUCCACCCCCACCAUUAAAAAAAAAAACACUUUCAAAUAAUAUAAAUAAUGACACUAAUAGCAAUAAUAAAAUAAAUUGUGUUGGUAAUCUAAAUAUAUCAACAAAAUUAUUGUUAGAAGGAUUCAAAAGAGACACAUUAACAAGAACUAAAACUAAAGUUAGAACAUCCGAUGGAAGAGUUUUUGAAGAGGAGUUAUCGUCUAGUGGCCAUAAUAUAGUUUACAAAGGAUUGGACGAAAGUACUUCAAUUAAAAUUUAUAAAGAGACUACAAACUUAACAGCAUUUAAUUAUUGUAAAAAAUUUAAACAAUGGAUCCCAUAUACACAUAUUGAAAAUAUAGUUUUACCACCUCAAUCACCACCAAUAUCAACAAAUAAUGAAGAUAAUAUUAAUGAUUUAAGCAAUAGUAAUAGUAAUAGUAAUAGUAAUAGUAAUAGUAAUAGUAAUAGUAAUAGUAAUAGUAAUAGUAAUAGUAAUAGUAAUAGUAAUAAUAAUAAUAGUAGUAACAAUAAUUUUAAAAUUUUAACUUAUAUAACAUUUAAUGUUUGGUUUGAUAGUUUUUUAUGGAGAGAAAGGGCAAAUCAAUUGUUUAAACUAAUUCAAGAUAAAAAUCCAGAUAUAAUAUGCUUACAAGAGGUUACUCCAUUGUUUUUAGAUUAUUUAAAGAAACAAUACUGGGUUAAGGAGAGUUACUGUAUUUCGGAUAGUGGUGACCUAGAUACAGUUUAUCCAUAUGGUGUGGUAGUUUUAUUUAAAUAUGAUUCCGUAGUACUCAAGCAAAUGUCUUUAUGUCCAUUACCAAAUACAAAUCAAUCAAGAAAAAUGAUUUCUUCAAUAUUUUCAAUUCAUAAUGAUAGUAGCAACAACAUUACCAAUAGUAGUAAUAGUAGCAGUGGUAGUAAUAAUAAUAGUAAUAUAUUAAUUUCAAUAUCAACAGUACACCUAGAAAGUUUAGAUAGUAAUUCAGAAUCAAGAAUUAAACAAUUUAAUAUGGUCUCCGAUUUUAUAGAUAAAAGAUAUAUAGUAUUUAAUGGAUGUCCUAUUAAACACCACUUUAUAAUGGGCGAUUUUAAUUUCGGUUCAAAUUCAAUAGAAAAUUCAGAAAUUUCGAAAAGAGAGUUUAAUGACGUUUGGAAAGAGUUCAACAUUAAUGACCCAGAGGGCUAUACAUAUGUAAAAAAGACUAAGCGUGUAGAUAGAAUGAUUUUUAAAUCCUCCAAAGGGACUUUAUUCGAUUCAGUCCCUAUUCAAUCAGAACUCAAGCCUUUACAGUUAUCUUUAAUUGGGUUCGAACCCUUAGAAUUAGAUUCAAAAAUCCGUAAAAAUGAAAAUAUACCUUUAGAAGAACCGAUAUAUGCAAGUGACCAUUAUGGUUUAUUGGGAAAAUUUAAAUUUAUUUUUAAUAAUAAUAACAAUAAUAGUUAA